AUGUACUACAAGAGUACCGGCCAAGUGGCUGAAGCUACUAAGUUCUUUGAGGGCUAUUCCACUCCAAAUAAGGAAGACUUGGCGCUGCGAGAGAUUGUACUUGCCCGGAAGCGGCCUCUCCCUAUUUUCGUUCAACCGGUAGUCACAGAAUCCUCAGAUGGCGAAAUAGUUCUCAAAACCUAUCCUACCAACUAUUUUGGUGUGAUAUCGUCGUUUGCUGAUCGCUUCUCAUCUGGCCCCAUUUUGGGCCAAUCUGCAGAAGAGGCGCUUGAAGCUGUUUGGCGACGUGACUUGCCAUUUUUCGAAGAUAUACCGCUGUAA